AUGGUUACAUCUACAGGAAACCCGCGUCGCGCAAGGAUUCAGAACUCCAAAGUCGUUGUCGUCAAUAUCUUCUUGAUCAUGGCCCAGUCAGCCAUUAAUAUUGAGGAUUCGAAUCCCCCAAGCCUCCACAUCAUCAAGCAGUGGAAGGCGGUCAAAGAAAGCCUGCCCUUCGAUGACCAGCAAGACUAUGUGAACGCUAAACGGGGCUGGAGAGGUCAUCUCAAUCCCAACCAGGUCACCAAUGAUCAAGGCGUGGUAUGGGACAACGUUGCCUACGAUUUUCUGAAGGAGGACGCUCCAUUCUCAGCCAAUCCAAGUCUGUGGCGCCAGUCGCAGCUUACCCGCAUGAAUGGACUGUAUCAUGUCGCCGGGCCCAUCUACCAAGUGCGUGGACUCGACCUCUCGAACACGACCAUCAUUGAGGGCGACGAGGGUAUCAUUGUCAUCGAUCCCCUCACUUCGCUGGAGACCGGUGCUGCUGCACUCGCCCUUUAUCAGGAACACCGUGGCAGCAACAGAGAUGUAAAGGCUGUCAUUUACACGCACUCCCACGUUGACCACUUUGGCGGGGUCAAAGGCUUCGUCAGCGAAAAGGAUGUCGAGGAAAAGAACGUCAAGAUCAUUGCCCCCGAGGGCUUCCUGGAGCACGCGAUCUCCGAGAACGUCUACACUGGCACUUCAAUGAGCCGCCGCGCCGCGUACAUGUACGGUGCUGCCCUCGAGCAGGGACCGAGAGGCCAGAUCGGCGCUGGACUAGGACAGACUACACCCACCGGCACCGUCACCCUCAUCGCACCCAACAUGAUCAUCAAACGCACCGGCGAAAAGAGAACCAUCGAUGGCAUUGAGAUGGAGUUCCAGAUGGCACCGGACACCGAGGCGCCUUCCGAAAUGCUCAUCUGGUUUCCCGAUCUCAACGCACUCUGUGCUGCCGAGGAUGCCACUCAUACCUUCCACAACAUCUUGACCCUGCGUGGAGCUGUGGUCCGCGACCCGCACUCUUGGGCCAAAUACCUGACAGAGACCAUUGACCGAUACGGCAGCCAAGCCGAAGUGGUCUUUGCUCAGCACCACUGGCCGACCUGGGGCAACGAUAACAUCCUGAAGUUCCUCACCUACCAGCGUGAUCUGUACGCAUAUGUACACGACCAAACCCUUCGCCUCCUGAACAAGGGAUACAACGGCCCCGAGAUCGCCGAAAUGCUCACCUUGCCCCCGGCACUCGAUCAAUCCUGGUAUUGCCGCGGCUACUACGGCUCUCUGAGCCACAACGUCAAGGCCAUUUACCAGCGUUACGUCGGCUGGUUCGACGGCAACCCAGCCCACCUGUGGGAACACAUCCCCGUGGACAAGGCCAAGAAAUAUGUGGCCCUCAUCGGCGAGGACGAGAUCAUCCAAGAGGGUACCAAGGCAUAUUUAGGAGGAGACUACCGCUGGGCAGCUGAGCUUCUGAGUCACGCUGUCUUCAGCAACCCGCACCACAAGGAUGCCUGCAAAAGACUGGCCGACGUGUACGAGCAGCUCGGAUACGGAGCUGAAAACGGCACCUGGAGGAACUUUUACAUCUCCGGAGCGACCGAGCUGCGCAAUGGUAACUUUGGCACGCCUACACAGACAGCUUCGGCCGAUGUGGUCGGUCAGCUCACCCCGGAUAUGGUCCUUGAUACUCUUGCUAUCCAGAUCAAUGGGCCCGAGGCGUGGGAUAAGAAGGUGCUUAUGGAUCUUGUUGUUUCGGAUCAAGAUAAUAAAACUUACCAUUCUUGGCUGUCUAAUGGGGCGCUUGUCUACAGCACCGCAGACCAGUCAGACGCUGCUCAGGUCACUCUGACGGGUACGGCUAAGCAGUUGACUGCGCUGGCUGUGUAUGGACCUGAUCCUGAUGCUUUGGCAAAUGCCGGUAUUGUAAUCUAUGGGGAUACUACUGCGCUGGAUACGCUUGCGUCGUUGCUGGAUCCAGGUGAUCCUAACUUCAAUAUUGUUAAGCCUUAG